AUGGCUGAACAACUCCUUGUGCACAUUAUGAAAGAAGGCCUACAGCCAGAUAGCAGAACCUAUACUGAGCUGAUUGGGGCAUACUUUAGAGUAGAUCUCAUAGAGAAGGCAAUGGAAAUGUAUGAACUGAUGAAGAUAUCAGGACUUUUCCCAGAUAAGUUGACUAUGAGUAUUUUGAUAAGGAACCUUGAAAAGGCUGAAGAGAAAGAGCUUGUGGUAAGAGUAAAGAAAGAAUGCGCCAACUAUAUUGACUAUCCAGAGAAAUUUCUAAAAGAAAUUGAAAGUACCAAUUCUCUCAAGUUUUUUGUUUAA